UCCCGCCCGCCCGCCCGCCCGCCUCGCACGCACCAACCUCGGCUCCGGCUCCCCGCUCCCGCCGCCUAGCGAAGCCGCGCUGGGCUCGGAGCUGCUCAUGGAGAAAGUGCCGGGCGACAUGGAGAGAGAUCGCAGGGAGCGGAGCGAGGAGCUGUCCGAGGCAGAGAGGAAGGCGGUCCAGGCUACGUGGGCCCGGCUGUAUGCCAACUGCGAGGACGUGGGGGUGGCCAUCCUGGUGAGGUUCUUUGUGAACUUCCCAUCAGCCAAGCAGUACUUCAGCCAGUUUAGACACAUGGAGGACCCCUUGGAGAUGGAGAGGAGUCCCCAGCUUCGGAAGCAUGCCUGUCGGGUCAUGGGGGCCCUCAACACUGUCGUGGAGAACCUGCAUGACCCAGACAAGGUCUCCUCUGUGCUUGCCCUGGUCGGCAAGGCCCACGCCCUCAAGCACAAGGUGGAACCGGUGUACUUCAAGAUUCUCUCUGGGGUCAUUCUGGAGGUGAUCGCCGAGGAGUUUGCCAAUGACUUCCCUCCUGAGACGCAGAAAGCCUGGGCCAAGCUGCGCGGUCUCAUCUACAGCCACGUGGCGGCUGCCUACAAGGAAGUGGGCUGGGUACUGCAGGUCCCCAACAGCACCACCCCACCGACCACGCUGCCCUCUUCCGGGCCAUAGGGCCCCUCCCAGCUCCCCCCUCCCUGGCAGCACUUUGGGCAGAAGGCUGAGUUCUGAAGACACUCCUUGACCUUCCAUUUCUGGGUGCCAAGGAAGCUGGAGGAAUCCCGACUCAACUUCCCGAAAGGAGGCCUUCCUCAUGGCCCUGGCCCCCCAGGCUGCUGGGAGGUGGGGCGGCUACCUUGAUGCUGAACCUAGCCGUGGGGACCCUUCUGCCUCACAGCAGGGGGCGCUCUCGUCUUGGCUUUUCUACUUACUGUUAGAGAGGGCCCCAGCAAGUGGCCGGUGGGAAGCGAGGACAAGCCUACGAGUCACUGCAGAAAGGAACUAGCCCCGCUUCGUCUGCCCACCAGCAUGCAGGCUCACCUCGCCAUCUUAGAGUAUCACGCACACAUGUCUACCAUAUAUACAGAUAUAUCUAUAUACGACCUCUAUAUAAAUAUAUAUACGUACAUAUCUAUCGCGUGUACCUGCAGGCCCAGAAGCCUGGGUCUUGCCCAGCUAUGGGAGGCCAGGAGGAGUCCUGGUCAUGCUUCUGGGAAGUUCUAUGAGGAGCAGAGAGAAAUCCUCCAACAGCACUGGGGGGGGGGCAGUGGUAGAGUUGGGGUGACUCACCUCAUCCCCAUAGCUCAGCGCUCUGCAUUCCUGCCCCUCUACAAAAAAGAAAAGGAAGGAAGGAAGGAAGGAAGGAAGGAAGGAAGGAAGGAAGGAAGGAAGGAAGGAAGGAAGG